AUGGCUCUCCUCCAAGCUCGGGUCAAGAGCAUCCUGUCGGGCGACACCCUGAUCAUCACAAAUACAAAGGGCGCCGAACGAACCCUGUCUCUGGCCUACAUCAGCGCCCCCCGGUUGAAAAGAGAGGGUGACGAGCCGUUUGCCUUCCAAUCCCGCGAGUUUGUGCGCGAGCUCGUCCUCGGCAAGGUCGUUCAAUUCCAGGUCCUCUAUGCUGUUCCCACCACGAAACGCGAGUACGGCCGAGUCCGAGUCCCCAAUGGCGCCGAACUACCCGAUCUCCUCGUCCAGGAAGGCUGGGCUAAGGUGCGUGAAGACGCCGGGAAGAAGGAGGAAGACGAAGAUGCUUUGGCAUACCUGGACAAGCUGAGAUCGUUGGAGAGUGAUGCAAAAUCUCAAGCCAAGGGCCUGUGGGCCAAGGGCGGUCAGGUCGAGAACUCGUCCGAGGUCUCCGACCCAAAUGCCUUGGUCGAACAGUGCAAGGGCAAGAAAAUCGAUGCUAUCAUUGAGAGGGUUCUGACAGGAGACCGCUUGAUUGCUCGUCUCAUGCUCACUCCCACCAAGCACAUUCAAACCAUGCUUGUCUUGGCCGGUAUACGAGCUCCGGCGACCAAAAGAACUACUCCAGAAGGGAAAGACGUCCCGGCCGAGCCUUACGGCACCGAGGCGCAUGCCUUUGUGGACGAGAGGUUACAUCAACGGAAGUGCUCCGUCGAGCUUCUUGGGGUGACACCGCAAAAUCAGCUCAUCGCAAAUGUCCUACACCCCAAAGGGAACAUCGCCAUGUUCCUGCUCGAGGCCGGUCUAGCCCGCUCCAAUGACCAACAUGUCACCUUGUUGGGAAAUCAAAUGGCCCAGUUCAGAAACGCCGAGAACGCGGCGAAGAAUGCCAGAAAGGGCGUCUUCACCGGCGUUGCGGCCUCCAAAGCCGCCGGAGUGCAGGAGGCGGAUUUCACAGUCGUCAGAGUCUUGAAUGCAGAGACGAUCUUUCUUCGAACCCGAUCUGGCGAGGAACGCAAAGUCACCCUUUCCAGUAUCCGCCAACCCAAGCCUUCAGACCCGAAACAAUCUCCCUUCGGUGCCGACGCCAAGGAGUUUCUUAGGAAACGACUAAUCGGAAAGCACGUCAAGGUGAGCAUUGAUGGCAAAAAGCCGGCUUCGGAAGGCUUCGAAGAACGGGAGGUGGCCACCGUGACGGUGGGCGGAAAGAAUAUUGCCUUGACCCUGGUGGAGGCCGGUUACGCCUCUGUCAUCCGACACCGACGAGACGACGACGACCGUUCCCCCGACUACGACGCCUUGCUGCUCGCUGAGGAAUCGGCUCAAAAAGAAGGCAAAGGCAUGUGGUCGGACAAACCUCCUGCGGCAAAACAGUAUCAGGAUUACUCGGAAAGCCUGCAGAAAGCGAAGAUGGAAGCCUCGGUACUGCAAAGACAGAAAAAGGUUCCUGCCAUUGUCGACUUCGUGAGAGCUGGUUCGAGAUUUGUGGUUCUCGUCCCGCGCGAGAAUGCAAAAUUGACCUUUGUCCUUUCUGGAAUUCGAACGCCGAAGCCCGCCCGUCAGCCUGGAGACUCCGCCGAACCGUUCGGACAGGAAGCUUAUGACUUUGCCAACAGAAGAUGUAUGCAGCGUGACGUGGAAAUCGACGUUGAGGAUACAGACAAAGUUGGCGGAUUUAUUGGCACCAUGUACGUUGGCCGCGAAAACUUUGCGCGGGCUCUGUUAGAGGAAGGCCUUGCAGAAGUUCAUGCGUAUUCGGCCGAAAAAAGCGGUCAUGCAAAUGAGCUGUUCGCGGCCGAGAAGAAGGCGAAAGAAGCUCGAAAGGGCAUGUGGCAUGAUUGGGAUCCAAGCAAGGACGCAGAUGAAGACGAGGCCGGACCUGCUGCCGAUGCUGCUCCCACAAAUGGGGAGGGAGCUCAGUCGGCUUCGAGAAGAAAGGACUACCGGGAUGUGAUGGUGACACAUGUCGAUGAGACCGGAAAACUCAAGGUUCAGCAAAUCGGUGCCGGAACUGCUGCCUUGACAGAGCUCAUGAAUGCCUUCAAAUCUUUCCAUCUGAACAAGGCCAACGAUCAACCAUUGCCUGGAGCGCCCAAGGUUGGAGAUAUCGUUGCUGCCAAGUUCACACUUGAUGAUCAGUGGUAUCGAGCGAGAGUAAGGAGAGUCGACCGUGAUGGGAAAAAGGUGGAUUUAAUCUACCUUGACUACGGCAACUCGGAGACCGUUCCUUGGACUCGAUUACGACCUGUGACUCAACCACAAUUCUCUACCCAGAAGCUCAAACCGCAAGCAACGGAUGCCGUCCUGUCCUUCCUCCAACUUCCCACCUCGGAGCAGUACCUUCGAGACACCGUUGAUUUCAUUGCGGAGCAGACGGAUGGCCGCGAGCUGGUGGCGAAUGUGGAUUACAUCUCCCCUGAAGGAACGUUGCAUAUUUCUCUGCUCGACCCAAAGUCGUCCAAUAAAAUCGAUGAGAGCAUCAAUGCGGAAGUCAUUCGGGAAGGAUUAGCCAUGGUUCCCGUCAAGCUAAAGGCGUGGGAAAGACAAUCCGCAGACACCUUGGCGAAGCUCCGAGAGCUCCAGGAGGAAGCGAAGAAGGGGCGGAGGGGCAUGUGGGAAUAUGGUGACUUGACGGAAGACUAG